CCCAGAAGAAAAAACAAGCAUGGAUUUGCCAUCGGAAGGUGCGCACGAAGGGGUGUGCAGAGAAAAUAUGCCUCAUUUUACACUCCCGACAUGGAUGGAUUUCUCAUCUUCUUAGUCCUGCCUGUUGUAGGAAUUGGGAAAGGAGUCCGUGGAAAACUGCCUCAAGACUAAGUGAUUUGGGGAAUAGCAAGUGUUAAAGCCUGUGCCUGCACUGCUCUGCACAAGUUCAGCUCAGCCAUGGCUAAGAUUCCAAGUGUUGAUGUCGUGAGUUGGGUUUUAUUCCAGCUGCUGCUAUGCUCGAUUCCGUGCCACAGCCUUCUCCAAACACCAGAGUUCGACGAAGAUGACAUCAAAUGCCUCAACCAGACGAAAGCAGAAUUGACAGAUCCAAACCAGUCCCUUUUCACUUGGCGGUUUGGGAACAGCAGUCAUGGGUUCAUAUGCAACUUUGUUGGAAUUCAGUGCUGGCACAACGACGAUGGGAAAGUGCUGAGCACAAAGCUGCCUGGCAUGGAGCUUUCGGGACAUUUCCCUAGCGGGUUGAAGUACUGUGGGAGUAUGACUAACCUGGAUCUCUCUAGCAAUAGUCUUUCAGGCUCCAUCCCAAAGGAUCUCUGCAAAUGGCUUCCAUUUCUUGUCCAGAUUGAUCUCUCGUCAAAUCAGUUUACUGGGUCGAUCCCCCCUGAGCUCGCGAAUUGUACUUAUCUGAAUGUCCUUCACCUGAAUGACAACCAACUUAGCGGCUCGAUUCCAUGGGAAUUGACCCGGCUGGAGCGGCUCAACGACUUAAAUUUUGCGAAUAAUAUGCUCACAGGCCCAAUACCCGCUAAGUGGGCCUCUAAUAGCUCCGACUUUUUCUCGGGUAACCCUGGCCUAUGCAGCAAACCCUUAAGCAAGGGAUGCGCGGAAGGUAGCUCUUCUAAUAUGGGUGUUGUUAUUGGGGGAGCAGCUGCAGGAGUAUUGGUAGUUUGCUUGCUUGGCUUUGCCUUCUGGUGGUAUUUUAUCAGGCUCACUCCGGAGAAACUGGCGGCGCUCAAGGACGAGAACAAAUGGGCAAAGAGGAUUAAGGGCCCCAAGUCCAUCCAGCUCCACAUGUUUGAGAAACCCAUUGUGAAAAUCAGGCUUGCAGAUCUGAUGACUGCUACAAAUGAUUUUAGCCCGGAUAACAUCAUAGGCACGGGCAGGACAGGGACAGUGUACAAGGCUGUUCUGGCUGAUGGAUCUGUGCUGGCAAUAAAAAGGCUGAAACCCUCUCCCCAAACAGAGAAGCAAUUCAAGUCAGAAAUGAAUACUUUGGCCCACUUGAGGCACAGGAAUCUGGUUCCUCUUCUGGGCUACUGUGUUGCCGGGCAAGAGAAGCUGUUGGUGUACAAACACAUGGUGAAAGGAAACUUGUGGGAGUGCUUGCACAAUGAACACAGCUUGGACUGGACUAGCAGGCUCAAAAUCGGAAUUGGUGCUGCUAGAGGUUUGGCAUGGCUUCAUCACAGUUGCAAUCCUCGUGUCAUUCACCGCAAUAUAAGUUCAAGCAGUAUCCUUCUUGACGAAGACUAUGAGCCAAGAAUAACGGAUUUUGGACUGGCAAGGCUUAUGAAUCCAGUAGAUACUCAUCUCAGCACUUUUAUCAAUGGUGAUUUUGGUGAUUUAGGGUAUGUAGCUCCUGAAUACAUGCGCACUUUAGUUGCUACUUUGAAAGGGGAUGUGUUUAGCUUCGGAGUUGUUCUUCUGGAAUUAGUCACAGGGCAAAAACCUAUAGAUGUUGUAACUGGAGACGAAAGUUUCAAGGGUAACCUGGUAGAUUGGAUUACUCAGCUUUCAAAUAAUGGCCAUGUCAAGGAAGCUAUUGACAAAUCUCUGGUGGGUAAUGGACAUGAUGAUGAGCUUCUGCAAUUCUUGAGGGUCGCCUGUGCGUGUGUUCUGUCUGGGCCUAAGGAAAGGCCUUCAAUGUAUGAGGUCUAUCAGUUGCUCAGAGCUAUUGGUGAAAAGUACAAUUUUUCAGACCAGAAUGACGAGAUUCCAUUGGCAACUGGAACGACUGAUGCUGACUAUUCCGACGAGCUUAUAGUGGCAAGGGAUACGGUAUGAAAAAAUUCCUUGGCAAUCAACAUUGUUUAUGGAAAAGACUCUGAUAGCAGAGACUAUGAAAAGGAGAAAUGGGGAAAAUCCCUCUCACAGUACAUAAAGGAGCAAGGUAUGGCUUUCAAUGCCUGUUUCUGAUUCCUACAGGUGCUCGCCUAUAUUUACUUUGUUUUUUAAGUCAAUUAGAUUUUCAUGUAAAACACCUUCACUACCGGGUUUGAGAUUUUAAAGGUUAUCAUGUAUCAUUAUUUCUGUAUUUCAAGAUUGUGACCACCUCAAGGUUGAACCUAUUAUCUUAUAUGUAUUUUACCAUUUACUA